AUGGAGCAAGACGAUGAGGAAGACUUCGCCCGUGGUCGCGAAUACUGCGACAAGAAGGCCUUCAAGCUAGCUGUGAUGUCCUAUGUGGUUCUGAUUAAGGGCUGUCCGUUUGCUGUACGCGGGCGUCUGACGGAUGAAGGGUGUGUCCGUGUUACGUCUUCACAUUUAGACCACUCGUGUCAGCCCUUGCAGCACAAGACGCCGCCGGCACUCAUUGCGAAGGCUGUGGCCGCUACGGAGCUGCGGAACAGGAGCUCGGUUAAGGCCCAAGCGUAUGAUGCCCUGCAGCUGGAGACGCAGUCUGUGGAUAUGCGUGGUGCAAGUUAUCGGCUCCUGAAGCCCUGGCUCGAUGCGAUGACUACAGCCAAUCCUGACAGUGUCGUGGAUCUCGUCUCUUCAAGCGACGAUCACGUUCUAGCAUAG